AUGAGAACAUACGACGUUCCAGCGAUGAUCGAUCACAUUAUCGAGCAAACAAAGCAACCGAAGAUCUUUAUGGUAUCACAUAGUCAGAGUACGGCGUUUUUUCUGAUAGCUAGUGAAAAGUCAGAAUAUCGAGAGAAAAUGAUCGCUCCUUUUGCUUUAACUCUGGUAGCCUUCAUAUCUCGAAUAAAGUAUCCUUUAAUCCGGGCGUUAGCCACUUAUUUUGAAAAUAUCUAUUCUCUAACGAAAGCAGUAGAUAUUUAUGAUCUUGAGCCAUCCGACAUAGUCAUGCAAAUAAUUGGAGGAAUAAUAUGCUGUGACGAAUUGCCUUUGCAGCCAGUGAGUUCAAGCGUCCUUAAACUAAUUUUUGGCUUCGAUGAAAAACUUAGUACGGCGCAAAUAAAAAUGCAUAAUGGUUUUCUAUUAAAUUCAUACACACUAUUGCCUCUUAUUUCGCAAUAUCAUCCUGCCGGUGCUGCUAUUAAACAUCUCACACAUUAUGGAUAA